GCGCGCUGAGCUGCAGCCAUGGCGGUCACCGCCGAGGGCGCCCGCAGGAAGGAGCGCGUCCUCUGCUUAUUUGACGUGGACGGAACCCUCACGCCGGCUCGGCAGAAAAUUGACCCCGAGGUGGCCGCCUUCCUGCAGAAGCUUCGAAGUAGAGUACAGAUCGGUGUGGUGGGUGGCUCCGACUACUCUAAGAUUGCUGAGCAGCUGGGUGACGGGGAUGAAGUUAUCGAGAAGUUUGAUUAUGUGUUUGCGGAGAACGGGACUGUGCAGUAUAAGCAUGGACGACUACUCUCCAAACAGAGCACUGUGUUCCUUGCCCAGACCAUCCAGAACCACCUGGGAGAAGAGCUCCUGCAGGACUUGAUCAACUUCUGCCUCAGUUACAUGGCCCUGCUCAGGCUGCCCAAGAAGCGUGGAACCUUCAUCGAGUUCCGGAAUGGCAUGCUGAACAUCUCGCCCAUCGGCCGGAGCUGCACCCUGGAGGAACGGAUCGAGUUCUCUGAACUGGACAAGAAGGAGAAGAUCCGGGAGAAGUUUGUGGAAGCCCUGAAAACAGAAUUUGCCGGCAAAGGGCUGAGGUUCUCUCGAGGAGGCAUGAUCAGCUUUGACGUCUUCCCUGAGGGCUGGGACAAGCGCUACUGCCUGGACAGCCUGGACCAGGACAGCUUCGAUACCAUCCACUUCUUUGGAAAUGAGACCAGCCCUGGUGGGAAUGACUUUGAGAUCUUUGCUGACCCCCGGACUGUUGGCCACAGUGUGGUCUCCCCUCAGGACACAGUGCAGCGGUGCCGAGAGAUUUUCUUCCCAGAGACAGCUCAUGAGGCGUGACUGGGGCAUACACCUGUGCAUUGUGACUUCCAAAGGGAGAUCCUGGGGUUGGGUGUGUGCCAGGGCCCCUCCUCUGGCCCAGGACGCCUGCCUUGUUUACCUGCUGCAAGGCCCACCCAGACGGAGCCAGGGUCUAUGUGGAUGACUGCCCAACCAGUCAGUUGCUGAUGGGACUGGCUCCUAGGGCCCAGAAUGUUCCCCGUCCUCUACCAAAUGGCUCUGGCUACAGCUGCUGCUUGUAUUUCUGAACAGAACAGGUUUCUAUCUUCCAGGAGGAGGGGUGUACAAGUGUCAGUAUGAGAUGUAGCCCGCCCUGCCUUCCUGCCCCAGAUGGGGUGGGGUGCAGUGGAGGAGGUGCACAUUUUAGAGAACUUUAUGUCACAGAUAUUAAAGUUCCCAGAACAAGA